AACAACGCCGUGGUGAAAAAGCAUCCUUCGUGAUUAAAAUUCAACGAAUAUCGAAUAAAAAGUAUCAAGUUUCGUUUCCCAAUCGGUAUUUAAAGUUCCAUUAAAACUGUGGAGACGAUGGAGAGUGAAAGUUCGCCACCACCAACCUUCUGGCCAGCAGCACUCGGGUUGCAUCCAGUGGGAACAAAGUUUCCCAUCAAAACAUCAAGCGCACCACCCAUGCAGGCAUUGAAUGCUCGAGGAAGGCCAGCACGAAUACGUAAAAAGAAUCGAUUGUUCUACGACGAUGAUAUCGUCAACGAUAAGGUGCCAUCGACGCGAGCUACUCCGAAGAAAACUCCAGGACCGAUAAAAAAACCUAUGAGCUGUACCAAGGCUACCCCACAAACUACACCACGCAGUGAGUUGUCGAUGACCCCCCAGAAGCUGAUGCCGCGCUCCGUUUUCAAAAAGAAAUAUUCCUCUCGCUACGCAAAUCUCAAGCAAAGCGGUAGAAAACGUAAAACCGACAUCGAUGAUACAAAUCAUAAUCCCAUGAAAGUGGUCAAUCCGAUGUCGUUAUUGGACAAAAAGUGGAACCAUAGCCUCGGGCUGCAGUUUAAAAACUUUCUUAUACUUCCCAAAGCGCACAGAUUUUGCUACUACGAGUUCUUCUACAGUGACAUCGAUCGCCACAUUUUUGGAACACCGAACGAAUUUCAGCAAUUAUUGCGAAAGCACUAUCCACACCUUGAAGCUAACAAUCUCACACGUGCAGAGUGGCGUAAAAUUCGAUCAUCCUUUGGCAAACCGAGAAUUUUCUCUCCCGCAUUUGUAGCACAGGAGCGGAUGGAACUUGCUCGAAAGCGUGAGAAAAUACGCAUUCUGCAAGCCAACAGUAUGGGAGACAUAUCAUUUAUGGAAGGCUUGCCCAAUAAUAUUCCGAAGUUGAUACCGCCCGGAACGAAAGUAACUGCACGAUUGCGAACCCCGUACGAUGGUGUAUUCAAUGGAACGGCGGAGAACUACAUUCCCGAAUCCAGAAGCUACGUGGUUGUAUUCGAGAGAUUGGGUGGAGAUUCUCGAUUGAUUCCUGACAUCGAGGUCUUUUCUAGCGAACCGAAGCUGCCGAUGAUCAAGGUAAACAGCAUUACAAAGGAUUACCGUGUAGCUUUUCAAGACGCAUCCUUUUAUCUUGUCUCGCCGAAUGCGAAAUCGCCGAGAAAGCAUAGAGAUCCGUUGCUGAGUGGAGAAAGCGCGCAUAAAUCAAGCGUUAAAAAAGAGGGUAACGCCACAAACAUCGGAGGUUAUCCUGUGAAGUAUCUAGAACUGAUAGUACGCACGAAAAAGACACUUUCCGCAAAACAGAUGAAGUUACUACGUUUGCAAAAUAUCACAUCUGAAGCACAGAUAUACAAAUCCUACGACAACCCACUGCCAGAUGAGUUCAAAAAGCGCUAUGCAAUGUUGCUGGUUGCCAUCGACAAGCUGAAUCGUGACCUCGAAGAGCAACUGAAGCAAUUACGAGAGUAUUCCGGCACGUUGACGCAAGAUCCGGAAAUGUUGGCAAUGAUUACUCCGAGCUACCAGCGGGAACAUUCGCGCGAAAAGGCAGAACAGAUUUUUGAAAAGAACAACAACGGCAGCGUGAAGAACGAGCACAUAGCCAAUUUAAUUAAACACCUCACCACCAUCAUGUAUCUUGCAUCGAAUGUGAAUAAGAACGGAAAAGAUGCACUCAGCAUUAUGGCCUUGAAAGGAACGAUUGUUGAAACGAGGGAACUUCUAGAGCCAGGAAAUGUGGGAGCGUUCAACAGAAAUGUCGUCAAGUACGUGAACUACAUCGAUUGCAACCCCGGACCAUCAAAAGUAAUAAAAAACGAGGGGCCAUAAUUUUCAAAACAUGCAAUUUUAGAAAUAGGAGAUUUCUUUUAAUGUUAAACAGCAGUUAUGUACAGAAAAGCUUAAAAGAUCGAUUUGUAUUAGCAGUUUUACCGUGCGUAAUCAUU